GUAAUAGACGGUAUCCAUCCCCACCAACGUACCGUACCUAGGCAAGAUUGGCGAACAAGCGUCCGCGCCCUGGGGGUACGCAAGGGACACCAAUAGUGAACUGAUGCUCGGUGGAGCAACAUUCGUGUUCAAGUCUCGCGCGUUGUCGUGCCGCGCGUCUGCUGCCAAUCGAAGUGCGAACAGUUAACAACAAUAUGUAACACGGUCCGAAGCGAACCGAAGUGAAUGAACAAUAGAAGCCAAUUAAAUUACGUCGCGUGAGCGUGCCCAGCACAAAUCAAAUCGGACUGUACUCUUUGUGCGACGCGAAUAUAUUAAAAGAAUCGUGCCCAUAAAGCUGCACUUCUAAUGUGCGAAAAGAGAAAGUCCAGAACGGAAGGGGUGGCCAGUGUGAAAAGUAUGUGAACACGGACACAGGCACGCGCGUGCAGUGGUGCAAUAUACAACGGCGGAAAAAAGAUCAAUAGUGAGUGAUAAACGUGAUAAAAUUGUGGAACUAAGUGUGUUUUAUGGUGGUGUGUAGCUACUACUUCCGGGAAAACAAAGGUCCAGUCUAGUUAAAGUGUGCAACUCUGGUGCGCAUCGAACACUACUUCCUGCCACAAAAUGCCAACCUUGCUGGAAGCGCUCGAGGAGAAGUACGGCAUGGAGCCGGACGAUAAGGAGGAACACGUGGAGGAGGAAGUUCUCGUGUCCAUCUUUGUUCCGAAGCUGCCCCCGAGACAAAGCACUCCACAGCUACUUAUACUGAACGAUUGCAAUAUCGAUCGGGCCGGGGAGCCGGAGGAUUUGAAGAAAAAGUGUCGCAUCGUGAAAGAGCUCGAUUUGGCACAGAACAAGCUAAACAACUGGAAUGAGGUGUUUGUCAUCCUCUCCCACAUGCCCCGGGUAGAGUUUGUGAACCUCAGCCUUAACCAUCUGACCGGUCCGAUCCAGAAGCCACCCGUCACCAAGAUGGAUCAUCUGCGGAAUCUGGUGCUUAACAACACCAAACUGGAAUGGUGCAGUGUGGAGAAAUUGCUCCGUCUGUUGCCCGCUCUGGAGGAGCUACAUCUUAGCCUCAACGAGUAUACGCAUGUACUGAUCGAUACAGUCAAUUCGGCUGCUAAAAGCGGUGAUGCGGGGGGUGAUGGUCCGGCAGCAGAGGAGGGACUGCCUGCUGCCAGUAAUAAUAAUGCCAAGGAUGAUGAAUCCACCACUGCCACCACUAGUCACAGCACCCCAGAGGACACCACCAUGAUGUCCAGCUGCUCCUGUUCGUCGCCGUCAUCCACGUCGCAGCCGGCCGAUCAGCAGAAGCCGGCGGACACGACCACCGUGGAACCUCCGCCAUUACAAACCGAUCCACACGGUGGCGUGCGGAAGCUACAUCUGACCGGGAACUACAUUUCCGAGUGGGGCGAAAUUUGCCGCAUUGGCCGAGUGUUUCCACAGCUGGAAGCGUUGGUGCUCGCCGACUGUCCGUUAAGAUCGCUGAAGCCUACGGACCCGCAAGGCAACGAAAACGAGGAAGAAAGUCAUAAAUAUUUUCAAAAUCUGAAACUGCUAAACCUGAGCAAUGCAAAAAUCGAUUCCUGGGAAGACAUCGAUCGGUUGGCAGACUUCCCCUCGCUAUGCAAUGUCCGGCUUCAGUACUGGCCACUGUGGGCACGAACGGACUCGACGACGGAGCACGAACGUCGGCAGCUGUUGAUUGCGCGGCUUCCAAACAUCAGUAUUCUGAACGGUGGCGACACGAUCGGUGCCGUUGAGCGGGAGGACGCCGAACGAUCCUUCAUCCGGCACUAUCUGGACAAGCCGGACGCGGAACGGCCACGCCGCUACUACGAUUUGAUCGGUGUGCACGGUCAGCUGGAUCCGCUCGUUAACAUCGAUUUGCGGCCGGAGAGGAAAGUGAAGGUGCGCUUCACGUUCGAGGAUCAGGCGAUCGAGCGUACGGUGGAUGUGAAUAGGACGGUAAGUGAUUUAAAGUCACGGCUGGAAAGGAUAUUCGAGGUGCCGGCCGCCCGGAUGCGGCUGUACUACGUCGAUCAGGACUUCCGCGAUCUGCAGGGGCUGGAGGAGAUGAAGUACCCGCACAAGGUGCUGUACAGCUACAACAUACGCUCCGGCGAUGAGAUCAUCAUUGAGCGGAAGGUGAAAAGUUGAUAGGCUGUGGCAGCCACCAGCACACCUUCCGACGCUUGCCCCCACUUGAUUUCCCGUUCAGCUCCCCCGGUCGCGAGGUGACUUGCCGAUGCCCUAACGUAUGUGAUAUAAAGCGUCGCCAUCGUGUCACAAUAUUUGUUGUAGCCCGUCGCUACCCGCGUUUCAUUUCGUUUUCGUUUCUUCUGUAUUAUAAUUGCUGUUGUUUUUGGUUAAAAUUACACGUACGUUCCUUUAUUCUAGGGCCCCUAGCCUCGGUUCAUUCAGCUAUAUAUUUUUGGUUAAUUUUAAUUCGUGCUACUCGUGAAGCGUGGAUGUUGAAAACAACCCUCGAUUAGAGUAGAGAGAGAGAGAGAGAGAGAGAGAGAGAGAGAGAGAGAGAGAGAGAGAGAGCAGCUAACAAAACUAUACUAAUAACAAUAAAGCAGCAUUUUUGCACAUUAACUUAAACCAAACGCUCGGAUUGCGUGUGUAAAAACAUUUAUUUGCUCUAAUGCAGCAAACUUAAUCGUAUGAGGAUGUGUUUUUGUUUUUUCGCGGGCAAGUUCCAGUUACAAUAGACAGUCGCGUACACGGUACAACAGGAAUAGUUAGCAACAACGCGUGAUGAGUAAUAGAGUACGCCUCCCAUAACAUUUAUUUAACCAGGCGGGCCGAAACCCCGCGGUAAAAACACAGCAAAACAGUGCAAUAAUAUUCGAAACGUGUGUGGUUUGUUGAGCUAAUACGUUUGAAAGAUAAACCGGUAAGAUCAUGCUCAACCCCCGCUCCCAACGCAGUGUCAAUGGCAUUAUUCAUUUACGCGGAACACUUCCUUCUUCAGCUAAAAGGUGCACGGUAUGAGCUUCCCUCGAGUUAUUAGCUACAUUUUACCCCUAAUACUACACACGAACGAACUCUGUUUUUACGAAUAUCGCGAGAUCCUAAUUUGCGCAAAUACAUUGGAUGUGUGUAUAAGAUUGCGACACUAGA